CCAGACGAGAUAAGUUAGUUGUACAAGUGUCUACCUCCACUAUCCCCAGUCUUGCGCCAUUGGACAUACAACAAUGACGGGCAAACUUUGCUUGGUGCUGCUGCUGGCACAGAUGCUAAUUAGCAGCAACCGGUACAGCGUAGUAGAAUCGGCCAGAAUUCUAUGCGUGUUCCCCAGCCCCGGACGGUCACAUGUCCUCGUGGGGCAAGCCCUGCUCAAGGGACUGGCCGAACGUGGUCACGAGGUAACAAUGGUGAGCCCAUUCAAGCUGCCGAAACCGGUUAAAAACUACCGAGAAAUCUACAUUCCAGCGGAUGAUUUCGUUCAUAAGCUAUCGAAAAGCUUCCUCGAGAAGCCACCAAACAUAAUUAAGACUAUGCCGGUGAUGAUACGGCAUCUGAUGAAAACUACGAACGAUACAAUCAAUGAUCCAAAGUUUUUGGCAAUCAAGAACGAACAGUUUGAUCUGGUCAUAACGGGACUGUUCGUGGCGGAUUUUAUUCUAGGAUUUGGACCGCAUUUCAAUGCUCCCACCGUGGCACUGUGGAGUGCCGGUAUGACAAAGUUGACGUCCGAUUUGGUUGGUAAUCCAAGGGCCUUGGAGGCUGUUCCACAUUUAAUGAUCGGACCACAGGAGCAUAUGGGUUUCGUGAGCCGUUUCAAGAAUUUUUUGGUUGGUGCUGUUGAGAAUGCCAUGGUCGAGUUCUCCAUAUACAACCAACAAAAAUACUACGAUUUUAACUUCCCUUCGAAUAGAUACCCAAGCUACAGGGACGUUCGGAAAAACGUAUCGCUUGUGCUAUUGAAUGCCCACUUUUCUACAUUUGGAUCGCAGCCCUACCUUCAGAACGUAAUCGAGGUAGGUGGUUUGCAGAUCAAGCCCAAGCCUGACCCGCUGCCCAAGGACAUCCAGGAGUGGUUAGAUGGAGCCGAACAUGGUGCCAUUUAUUUCUGCUUGGGAUCAAACCUUAAAUCAUCUGAUCUGCCACCGGAAAAGCUUCAGAUUUUCAUCAAAAGCCUAGGAAAGCUGAAGCAGCGAAUACUCUUCAAGUGGGAAACGGAUAGCAUCCCCAACCAACCGGCUAACUUCCUGACUAAAAAGUGGCUCCCUCAGGAUGAUAUCCUAGCUCACAAGAAAGUAGUUUUGUUCAUUUCCCACGGUGGACUGGGAGGAAUGGCAGAAUCUCGAUACCAUGCCGUUCCGAUACUGGGAAUCCCGAUCUUUGCCGAACAAUCGACCAAUCUGCAGCUCGUAGAAAAGGAAGGCUGGGGUAAAGCGGUGGAAUACUUGUCCAUAACGGAGGCAUCGUUCGAGGAACCAUUGCAAGAGAUUCUCACGAACCCACAGUAUCGCCAGAAGGCAAAAGAACUGUCCGAUUUGUAUCGAGAUCGGCCGCAGAGCGCCAUGGAUUUGGCUUGCUACUGGAUCGAGUACGUGAUCAGAUACAAGGGAGCUCCUCACAUGCACUACCAGGGAGCAGACCUGAACUUCUUCCAGGAACAGAUGUUGGAUGUAGUAGCCGCACUGCUAGUCGCGGUCUACAUUGUGUUCAAAUUAUUCAAACUCUUGUUCAGAGCCUUGGCGAAACUCCUCUGCAGUAGACGCAAAAAGCAAAAGACAAACUGAUAGCAUAUUAUUAAGCAAGAUAACACUCUAUCUCGGUGUUUACAUUAUAGAAAAGUGCUCCACAAUUCAAACAAGAGAUACUGAAAAUAAACCACUUACCUCUUGCAGUGCCUUCUUA